UGUGACUAGAGGGUGUGGCUUGGGGGCGGGGCUUAUAAUGGAUGGUGCUUGAUGUGAAGGGGCGUGGCUUAGUCUUAAAGGGGCGUGGCCAUGCCAGAAGUGGAGAGCGCCCCCUGCCUGCUGUGCGUGGCCACGGCCAGCGGGCUCCCCCUGUUCUGCCGCCCGCCCCGCCCCCAGGUGCCGUUCUCAUUGGUCGGGGCCCUGCACGGGGUUCACCUGUUCGGGGCUGCGGCGGGGGCGGAGCUUCGCGAGGCGGCCACGCCCACUGCGCACCUGGCCUGGGCCUGCUACGGCAACAGCAUCACCCUGAUCCUGCUCAGCCCCUCCCCCACCCCCGGCCCCGCCCGGAUCCUCGACUCCGCCUUCGGUGCCAUGGUGCUGGUGCUGGGACUGGAUGAACUGGUGCCGUCCGCAACGUGGAGAGACUCAAACGGGACCUGAGGAGCUGUUUCGGGCUCCUGGACGCCCUGGUGAGCCCCAAACGGGGCUGGGGGCUCGGCCCCCCUGCUGCCCCCUGCCCCCAGCGACACCACGGGAGGCUCUGCAGGAACGGCUGCAGCGCUUCGCGGGCGCGGCCCAGACGGAUUUGGGGUGUUUGGUAUUUUGGGGGGGCGGGGCCAUGCUGGGCACCGCCCACUGGGGGGCGUUGCCAGGCCCUGACUCCGCCCAGCUGCGGGCGCUGCUGGAGCCGCCACCAGGGGGCGCCAUUGGGGCGGCCGCGCGCGACUUCCCGGUGUUCCUGCCCAAUGGGAGCCCGCAGGUGAGGUCACGUGACAGGAACCGGAAGUUAACCCCAGUGUUCCUGCCCAAUGGGAGUCCAAGCUGAGGUCACGUGAUAGGAACCGGAAAUUGACCUUAAAUUAACCCUUAACUGACUUCUGGUGUUCCUGGCCAAUGGGAGCCCCAAGGUGAGGUCACGUGAUAGGAACCGGAAAUUAACCUUAAAUUAACCCUUAACUGACCCCCCAAUGGGAGCCCUCAGGUGAGGUCACAUGAUGGGAACCGGAAAUAACUGACCCCCAAUGGGAGCCCGAGGUCAGGUCACGUGAUAGGAACCGGAAAUUAAUUCCGUUGUUCCUGCCCAAUGGGAGCUCAAACGUGAGGUCACGUGACAGGAACGGAAAUUAACUUCAGUGUUCCUGGCCAAUGGGAGUCCAAGGUGAGGUCACGUGAUAGGAACCGGAAAUUGACCUUAGAUUAACCCUUAACUGACUUCUGGUGUUCCUGGCCAAUGGGAGUCCAAGGUGAGGUCACGUGAUGGGAACCGGAAAUUAACCCUGGUGUUCCCGUCCAAUGGGAGCCCCUGGCUGAGGUCACGUGA